CUGUAAGCUUCAUUGCAAAUUGAAUACUUUGGCGCUCCACGGCGAACACGCGUCACCUUUGGCCCACCGCGGCGAAGAGACUACAUUCACACACAGCAUGAACGCUUCCAGUCCGCUGCCAAGCGAGGCAGGCGCGACGCCGCUGCCGCAAGCUGCCUUAGAGACUGUCCUCAUCAACGUCAUGAAGCUGGCGACCCCAUCUCUCAGCAACGAGGAACAAAGCGCCCUAGUACGCAACGUAUUGGAGCGGCGCCUACGCAAGGAUGCUGGUGAAAAGGAUGCUGCAGUGUACCCGUCCCACUCGCCAGGCGGGCCGGGCCCUCUCACGGAUGAGGACGCAACUGCCAUGAUGGCUCACCUCCGCACGCUGAAGGAGCAGCUGCCCGUGCCUGGCGAGGUCCUGAGCUUUCCCUGGUCGUCCACGCCAGGUCUCCUGCUGGACCCUGACUUCAACAGCGUCUACAUCCGCAGCUGCUACCCGCCGCUGUUUGAGACGCUGCUGAGCUCCAGGUGCAGAAAGGUCAUCAUCACCGGCACUCCCGGCAACGGCGCGUCCUUCUUCCUGUACUACCUGCUUGCGCGGCUCCUGGCGCUGCCCGAGCCGCCACCGUACAUCCUGUGGGAGCACGUGUCGGACCCAACCGAGAUGUGGUGCUACGACCACGCAACUGGAAAGGUCUGGUCGGGCGCCCGGCGAACGUUCAAGGCCCAGCUGAAGGACCGCAAGGCGUGGUACAUCUCCGACGGCGUCAAGCCCCGGUACAUUGUUCAAGCGCGCGUCCUCCUGAUCACUUCGCCGACCCGCGCAAUUUACAAGGACAUGCUGAAGUCAGGGGCCCUUGAACUGUACAUGCCGCUGUGGACGCUGAAGGAGCUGCAGGAGUGCCGCGCCAAGGUGUACGACGCCAGCGUGUCCGAGGGCUUGGCGGCGCGGCUGUACCGGUACUACGGCGGCGUGGCGCGGUAUGUGCUGGGCGUGCCGUCACAGCUCGACACGCCGCAAGACAUGGACGCCCUGCUGCGGCCUUUGGCCUUUGACCUGGAUGCAUGCAAUACCGCUCAGGUUCGCUCGGGCCUCGGCGCCCUGCAGACUGAGCCGGAGGCCAGCCACCUGGUCCUGCACAUCAACACCAAGGGCGAAAACAACUUCAAGUUGUCGCACCUGGACUUCUCGAGCCCGUGGGUGGCGGGCGCUUUCGUGGAGCGGGCGAUGGAGAGGGACUUCGACGCGCUGGUGUCCCUGGUGGCCAGCACGUCAGGGUCUCUCCGCGGCCGCCUGCACGAGCAGCUGGUACACCGCUUGCUGCCACAGGGUGGUUCUUUCACGGCCGUGCCCAUCGACCGCGACACACUGCUUCGCGCCGGGCCGGAGGAGAAGCUGCUGCUGCCGACCUCCGAGACGCGCAGCUUCAAGGAUGUAUCGGUGAUCUCGGCUGCGGGCUUCCCCGAGGGUGUGUACUUCCGGCCGCAGGAGACUAACUUCGCAACCGUGGACUCGCUGCUCCGCGUGGGCAACACGCUGCACCUGUUCCAGAUGACCGUCACCACCGACGGCAAGGCUGUGAGCGCGAAGGCUCUGACGCGCGUGUUCGACGGCCUGCUGCUGCGGGCCCAGGACAAGGCGCUGGGCCUGCGCCUUUACUACGUGGUGCCGCCCGACGUCUUUGACAGCUUCAAGCUGGGCAAGGACAGCGGGUCGUGGCCGCCCGGUGAAGAGGAGCCCGACGCCGCGCGCGCUAGCCUGUUCAUCCUGAAGGGAGGCGCGCAUGCCAGCGAGACAACCAGCAGCUCCACAAUGCAGGAGGCUGGCGCAAGCCGCAGCGCCACCCGCCGCAGCGGCAGGCCGGCGGCAGGGGCAGCAGCGCGGCGGCGGCAACCGCCGGCGGCGCAAAGGCCGGCAGCGGCCAUGGUGAUGCCGGCAGCGGCUGUGGGACGGCGCCCCGCUGCGGCGGUGAACAGCAUCGGUCGAUUGGUGCGCCGCUGGGGCAUUCAGCAACUGGCGGCUGUGUGGCGGUAGUGACGAGCUCUAACUGUGUGUCUCACGUCCGAAAAGUUUCGCUGCAUGCUGCUUGUUGUUGUGCGAGGCUGAGUGGUAGUUGGAUGCGAACAUUGCGGCAGUUGGCUGCCCGCUGGCGGCGGCGGCGGAUAUGCUGCUACACAUUUUGCGGAUGAGUGACCACCACGCGCUGACUGCACUGAUUGGUUGGUGGGGGGAAGGGGUGAGCGCAAACAUGCCAAGUAGAAACACUGAGAGUAGGCGCAGGGAGUCAUCCCGCCAGAAGCAUGCACCGCGGUGUACGCCAGACGAGGAUACAUCGACACUUUGCACAAUCCAUAGCCGGCCAGCGAAGCGCCAGCCAGGCGACGUGCAAGUGGCCGAAGUAGGCGCGGAAACCAAGAGCCCAAAUGAGGGGCGCGUGCUUCCCGCAUGAGGAAAGAACUGCUCGACGCAACUUUCUUCUGAGAGCACCUUCCGGCUCGACCUUAGGAGGGUGUGGUGGCUGUGGCGCACGCAUACCGGGGGAUGAGGCAUCGUGGAGUGCGUGCAUAAGGGGAGGGGGCAUUGAUUCAACUGUUGCUGUGUUUCACGGUAUGUUGUGUUGGACCGGGGCGGCCAGUGCAGCGCGGCUGGUGGUCGGGUGUUCACUGCCGCACGCAUGCGAGGGUCGGGGUUGUGGGCAGCGCACCACGCCGGCAACUUACUCAUUUUACCAGCGCUCGUAUCUUCCUUCGUUCGGAACGAAAUUUGCCAGGAAAGGCCUCUGGCAGAAGAAAUGUUUGGGCUGAGCCCCCUGAGGGUGCGAUCCAGGGGGGGCGAAGCCCCCCAGGAUUGCCCCUGUCCGUGCCUGCCUUUGCGUCUGCAAAAAGUACCAUACUGGAACAAACCGCGGCCUGCAGCCCUGCGACCUGCUGGCGGCAGUGGCGGUGCAGGGCCUGGCGGCGGCGGUGGCGGCAGUGCAGGGCCUGGAGACGGCGGUGGCGGCGGCGGUGGCACCGCGCCUAACGGCGGCAACAGCAGCGGCCACAGCGUUGGGCCCGGUGGUGGCGGCGGCACGGGCGGCCCUGGGCUCAGCGGCAGUGGCGGCGCGCAUGUUCGGAGCAGAGGGGGCAGGCAAGGCCACGUGGAGGAGGACAGCGCGGCGCCGCCUUCAAAGCGGCGCCGGCGCGCAGGUUGAGACCUGCCGGUGUUGUCUGGUUAGCGACCUGUGCUGACGAGCAUGGCGUAGCGGGCAGUCGGCUGCAGCGGCAGGGGUGUUGUCCUUGCUGUCUGGUUGGCCUGCUGCCCGCUGCACUAGUGCUUGAUAGCUGAGCGCGACUGGGCACAUAUGGCGGGCGGUGCCUGCACAAACCGACCCCGGCUAUGUCCGGGAGAUGAGGCUAGUAUCGGAACCUUCGACCUCAGACGGAGGACGUGGCGGGGGCUCAGCCCACUUUUCCCUUGCGAGGGAGAGCCACCUUUUCUUGUUUAAUCUUAACUGG